AUGACCUCCAACGCCAUCCCUCUCGCUGACUAUCUCUUCACCCGGCUGCUGCAGCUGGGCGUCGAUUCCAUCUUUGGCCUUCCUGGCGAUUACAACCUGCGUUUGCUGGAUUAUGUCACGCCUGCGGGGUUGAAGUGGAUCGGCAACUGCAACGAGCUCAACGCGGGUUAUGCUGCGGAUGGAUACUCUCGACUGAAAGGCAUCGGCGCACUCGUGACGACCUUUGGCGUGGGUGAAUUAUCCGCCGUGAAUGCCAUCGCCGGCGCGUACGCCGAACGGGCGCCCGUUGUCCACGUUGUCGGUACGCCGCCACGAGCAUCGCACGAGUCGCGCGCGCCGAUUCAUCACACGUUUAAUGAUGGGGAGUACCAAAACUUUGAUCGUAUGCAGGAGCAUAUCACAGUAGCGCAGACGAUGCUCUGGGAUCAUCGAACGGCCACUGCGCAGAUUGACCAUACGCUACAGCAAUGUUUGCUGCAUAGUAGACCGGUUCGGAUUACCAUCCCCGAUGAUAUGGUGGGAGUGCGUGUUUCUGCGGCAGGUCUGCAGACGAAGAUAUCUGUGCCCGUGCCUGUUGAAUCAGAGACAGAAGAGGCAGCGCUGCAGUUGGUUCUUGAGCGGAUUUACAGCAGCAAGAAGCCGAUGAUUAUUGUCGAUGGUGAGAGUCGACCGUGUGGGAUUUUGGACGAGGUUGAGCAUAUCGUCAAGACGACUGAGUGGCCUACGUUUACCACUGGGUUUGGCAAGGGUUUGAUCAAUGAGACUCUGUCUAAUGUACACGGGGUCUACGUGCCCGGACACAAGGGGUUUGUGGAUUCCUGCGAUCUCAUCCUCUCUUUCGGGCCGCAUUACAGCACGACAAACAGCCACCAGACUCUGACGGUGCCGCGAAAAGAUACCAGAAUUGAUAUUUCAUUGAACGCUGUCCAGGCUAACACUGAGAUCUUCCGCGAUCUCCCUGCGAAGCGCUUUGUCGAGCAGCUCAUCUCCAAACUUGACCUUUCCAAGGUGCCGAAACACACGCCUGAAAUCUCACCUAUCAACAAUCUCCAUGCAGCAGCAAUGUCUGAUAACGUCACUCAAGUCGGUGGCUUCUGGCAGAGAUUGUCUUCCUUCUUCAAGGAGGGCGAUGUUGUCAUGGCAGAAACAGGCACUGCUGGUUAUGGCGCGAAUGAGUUUGCUCUUCCCCAGCAUACGCGCCUAUACAAACCGGUGACUUGGCUGUCAAUCGGAUACAUGCUUCCAGCGGCACUUGGUGCAAGUCUUGCUCAGAGGGAUCUCGCCGCCAAGUCUCAAUACCACGGUCUGCCUGGUGGUCGCACCGUUCUUCUGAUCGGUGAUGGUAGCUUCCAAUUGACUGCUCAGGAGAUGAGCACUAUGAUUCAUCACAAGCUGGAUAUCGUCAUCUUCCUAAUCAACAACAAUGGAUACACCAUUGAACGAUGCAUCCACGGGAGGAACCAGGGCUACAACGACAUUACUCCUUGGCGCUACCUCAAAGCACCGGCACUUUUUGGAGCUCCCGAGGAGGGCGAAUACGCGGCACACACGUGGGAAGUUCGCACCUGGAAUGACCUGGAGGGAGUGCUAGAGGACGAGAAGAUGUUGAAUGGAAAGGGAAUUCGGAUGGUGGAGGUAUUCAUGGACCAACUCGAUGCGCCCAAGUUUUUACUAUCAGUGCUGGAUCGACAGAUUGAGUUGGAGAAGAAGGCGUGAUAGAUGCUAAGAUGAUGUUAUUUGACUGGUAAUAUGGUAUUUUAAGCGAGAUGAUAUCGGCGAUAGGCAUUAGCAGUUUUCUACUAUGUCUAUGUUAACGCCGAUGGCCGAUGGAUUGCGGGGAAGAUCGGCAGUCUAUAUGAGUAUGAUGAGUAUGAAUGAUAAACAAUAGAAACUGGCUUAUAAUUGUACUAUUUAGUAUUUAACAUAGCUCAUCCUGUGUAUACUCCAUCUACAAAAUGUCCAACAAAGACAUAACAAUCGAAACCAACGAAAAUGUCUCCUACACCCCCCAACAACAACGCCGC